CCUGAACUCAUCAUUCGUUAAUCUAUCCAUCCAAUGACUGCAGAUCCUUCGCAGUACACCAGUGGGCGUUCUCUUUUACUAUGUCAUCAUAAAGGGAAGAAGACCCUCGUUGCUUGUGACCAGUGCCAUCGCCAUAAGCUCAAAUGCUCGCCUCGAUCCCAAGGAUGCGCCCGCUGUCAUCGGAUACAGUGCACUUCCAGUCGCCCGAUUAUGAGACGCGGAAGGCGACCAACUAGACAAACGCCCCCAGUCAUACCUCCUCAACUAUCGGAACAUCCAUUGUCGGAUGCACCUGAUUAUCCUGUAUUGGACUGUCUUUGCAGUCUGCAGAUUUUGACGUCGGAACAAGCCACGCCCAGCGCUUCCCCGCUUCAACUUUCACGUUUCGAGGCCUGUCGUCUGUUGGAGCACUUCUAUGCUUCACCCAAUCAAGAAUUUCAUGCCUUACUCAUCCGAAAAUGCAGACUCCUAGAUCAGUGUGCCCCAAGGCCCAUACUGCCAACCCUGCUACUUUCAAUCCUAUGUACGAUUACGGACUUCUCCCGAGCAAUGAACCUUCAGCCAUCUUAUACGCUACAGGUGUCGCUUGUUUCAUGCCGUCGGCGGAGCAGUCACUUUAUGUAUCCGAACGAACAGUUAAUCAGCGGAUGGCUCAAGGACGCUAUCUCCUUGACAAGCUAAUACAGCAUUUUCACCCCAGGACAUUACCCGAUACUAAUCAUGUGCUCGAUGACGCCUUAACGGCAUUUAUUAUGACAAGUAUCGCCCCGAGCGAAAGAUCGGUCGAGUCGAGUUUGCAAUACUGGCUUAUAUUUCUCAGAUUUGUUGUUCAAAAGUUGGAGCUACACAAAGAUGUACCCAAUCUUAGUCAGGAUGAUAAAGAGGAACGGAGGAGGUUUGUCCUUAAUGCCAGAAUAUAC